AUGGCGGAGCCAGAAUUGCAGCACGUCCGCCGAUUGUCGGCUGACAACCAGAUCGUCUCGAAAUCCGAUAUUCCCUUGAAAGAACGCUUCUUCCGCUACUUCCAACAUGAAAUUACCGCUCUUCAGGAUCAGAUGGACCGACUCGCCGAUACAUCGCUUGUCGCUGGUGAGCGUGCCGACGCAACAGAUCACUGCCUUGCCGGAAUCGUGCGGCUGUCCAACGAAGUCAAGGAUGCGGCGAGCUAUAUACCUACCUACGAUCAAAGAGUCUAUGCGGAGGCCAUUAAAGCUUUGCAGGACAAAUUGAAUGAGACACGUGCAGCAUUUGAACCUCGCUCGAAGUUCAGCUUCAGGAAUAAGAAGAAUCCUUCUGCCAUCUCGCUCUCCGAUGCCGCUACUCUAGCUGCCGAGGGCCGUCGCAGCGUCCCAGGCUAUCGUUCUCCGGGUGCCUCGUCCGUCGGCUCCUCUUCCAACCAGACUCCGAAUUACCCGUCAACACCUCUCAAUGAACCAGACAAGCAGCUGCAGGAACGACCAGAGGUUGCACCAACUUCCUUCCCAGGUAUAUCGCCUACGGAGAUCCUGGCGAAAUCCCAGCUCGCAGCCUCCGCCCCGUCCUUUGCAGCCAGUGGUAUAUCCUCUGUAUCUGUCGACAACCAUUACAAACUUCACAUCAUGCUCCCAUCUUCGGGAUCAACAUCUACCGUUCCUGCGUCAAUCACAUCUCUACGGCAUUGUGUUGUUGACAUGUCUAUUCCCACCGCAAACGGGAAGCCUUAUGCCAGUCUAACAAUAAAAAACAUCAAGGAGAGCUUGCUGAUCUGCGGCCAAGUGAAUGGGCCGGCGCAUAUCACCGGGGUCGAACACAGUGUGAUUGUGGUUUCAUGCGGCCAGUUCCGCAUGCACAAUUGCACCGAUGUUGACGUCUACCUCAGCUGCUCGAGCAAUCCAAUAAUCGAAGAUUGCUCGAAUAUUCGUUUCGGCCGCAUACCAAAAGCCUAUGCCCUGAAUCAUGACCGCCCCGAUCACCAGGACCGUUGGAAUGAAAUUGAGGAUUUCAAAUGGAUUAAACCUGAGCCCAGUCCGAACUGGAGUCUCUUGGAUCCUGCCGAUGCUGUCCCGGAGGAAGUCUGGGCCGAGAUCGUCCCCGGCGGGCCGGGGUGGUCGCUCGAUGAUAUUCUACAUGCCAUCAAAUUGGUGAAGCCAUGA